AUGCUGGGGAACCACUCGACCACUAGAGCACAGGUGCUGCCAAGGCGCAGCUCCGUGGUGCUCACUCUCUGUGCAGUCACUGCCAAGAGAAAAGAGUUCAAGGCGAAGGACUUUGUUUUUGUGGUCCAGGACUCCAGUGCUCCAUCCCGUGAUUUCCUGAACGACGCCACCUCCCAGCAGAAGUGUGAGGCUCUGCUCAAGAUGCAUCGUCAGCUGACUCAUGAGCAGAAGGCCUGGCGCACACACCUGCAAAGGCUCAAAGCAUUUGAAGACUUCGAGCUCAGCGACUGGAACACGCAAACUGCUCGGCAAGAGGAGAAGCUGGAAGAAGCCUGGUCCACGCACAGCCUGGCUUUUUACCAGGUCCACGAGGCCAGUGACAUUGCGGCGGCCAUGCGCCUGGUGGCCAGCCACCGCCAGCUGGCAGACGCUCUCACCCCCCUCGCGCGCGCAGAUGUUCCAGUGGUCUGCGAAUGGAACAUCCCAAAAGCUGGCGUUGAUGCGUCAAAGCACAUUGGCCCUGUGGUCCAACACAUUGCCCUCUCGUGCAGCUCUGAUCCCCAGAUGACCAUCCACAUUGUGCCACUUGGGAUCCCGCCGUGCCAGCCAAUGUAUGGCAAAGGCGAAGCCACUGGUGAUCAGCGGCUUGAGAGCAUCCAGCAGCACAUUGACCGCUGGCAUGCCGAACUUGUGAAGCCCCAGCACAAGCUCCUGGUGCGCAAGGUCCACGCCACCUGGGAUGCUGCCACCUUCUACUCGCCUGACCGUGAGCUGGGCUGGGAGGUUUGGCUUGUGCUGUCAGAGUCUGUGCGCGCACGCAACAAGACCCACGUGUACAACCACAUCUUUGGCAACAGCACCCUGAUGAAGAGAGGGGCCUUCCCCACAUUCCUGCAGUCCAUGGAGCGACGGGACUUCAAGAAUUGGAGGGUUCCCCUGGGCUUUGAUGGGAGUGGCAAUGUGCACCGCAACCAAGCUACUGAAAUGCUUCAGUGGUUCAGUGGCUCAGUGCUGCACAGCUGCAUCAUUGAGGCUCUGGCUGCCAAUUCCAUCCUCACAGAUCAGAGCCGCGUGCAGGUGGCUGACUGCUUCAUGCUAGACGACCAGCCUGUCGCCAGCUGCAUCAGCCUGAAUUGCCAGGAGAAGGCGGGCGUCCCCAGAGUGGCCUACAUUGGGGUGGCCUGGUGGCACGAGAAGAAGCUGACCAGGGAAGUGGUCCAGGAGAAUGUGGCGUCCAGCGCCUGUGCCAUGCUCAAGCAAAGGCUGCGGCAGAAGACCUACCGUGUGGACACUGGAGUUGCCAUCCCAGACGUGCAGGACAAAGCGGGCAGCAAGCCAGGAGCUCGCCCAGAGCACGAUCCAAAGGACUUCGAGCUGACCUUUCCACGUGCCAACCUGGAGCUGCCGCUGAAAGUCCCAACCAUCCGCCAGGCCGAGGCACUGGGGAAUGCCAGCGUUCCGGAUCCAGCUAGCCCCCAGGAUGCCACAUUGACAUUGACAUGGGCACGCAUGCGGCAGCUACAUGACAAUGAGUUUUGUCCCAGUGGAUUUGCCUAUGAUCCAGACACACCCAACAAGCGCAAGGCUGACCCUCAGACGGAAGGUGCCCGCCCAGCUGUCAAGCUGACACCUGUCACAGCGCCAGAUGGGCUGCUGCAGACUGGGGUGGCCUCCAGCGAGUGGCAGGUGCUGCUCCAUCCAAAUGGCGAGCUGUUCCUCAAGGCCCUCAAGGAUGGAUCCACGUCCAGCUCCGAGACCUUGUUCUGGGUCAAGGGCAGCUUCAAGGUUGGGGCAGUUGCCAAGGAGGAGAAGCAAGCUGCAGGGUCCCAGCAUGUGCCAGCCGAGCUUUCAGAAAGCUCUCGAGUCACACUGGCCCUUGAGCCACCCCAGCCGGACAAAGAAAUCCCGAAGUUCCCCAUCACAGUGGACGCUGCCCUGACCUGCCUGGCUGGUCACCGCCUUGCAGUCUCCCAGAUCUUCAAGCACAAGCAUGUGGACCAGGCGCAGGGCACGCAGAAGUACAAGGUCACACCCCUGGAGGACAUCGUUUUAGUGCCAGACACAAAGCCUCUUACUGGACUGAAGGGAGUGGUGGCCACUGACAUGCUGUCCACCUACGCCAACCUCUCCAAGCUCCAGAACCUUGAGGUCAUCAACACACUGAAGUACAAUGUGAGCACCAAGGGCUUGAAGCAAGGGCUGCCAGCUGUGCACUUCACCAGCUGCUUCCAGCUGAAGGAAGGCGAGACGUACAAGCUCUGA